AUGAUGUCAAUUUUUUUAUUGCAAAUAGCAUUGGAGCUGUUUUUUAUAAAUAAUAGGACUAUUUGUUAAAGGACUUUAUAAUUUGUAUUCAUAUUCAUUAAUGUUAUUCUAUUUUAAAUAGAAUCUAUUAAAUAUGGUUUUGAUAAUGUAGAUUGUAAUUAUUCCUAUAUAAUUAUUAUUUACUUACAAAAUAACUCUAAGAGUUAUGAAACUAAUAAAGCAUCCUGGAAGGUAAUCUAUAAAUUUCUACUUUUAACAAUAUUUUUAAGCUUUUCUUAUUCAAAUGAUUAUGUAAGAUCGUAACGAAAUAUAGAUUAUUAUUGCAGGAUUAUAAAUUAAAAAUUAAAUAUGGCAAUUGUUAUUUUCUUUUUAUCGGAGAUUAUAGGACAUAACAUUUAAGAGCAAAAAUUAAAUAUUUUAUCUAUUGUGGAAGAAAAGAUAAUCUCGAAAUAAUAAUAUUAAAAUUAGAAAUUAAAAGAAUGUAUAAAAUAAGAUACAAAAAGAUCUUCGUUUUAAGAUCUAAGCGAAAUAAUUACUGAAAGAAAGUAAACAUUCUAAAAAUAUUAAUUAAAUUAGUAAAUAGAUUAAAAUUUAUUAUUGGAUAUAUUAUCUGAAGCAAUAAUUAUUAUAAAAUUUGAAAAAUCAGAAGAACCUCAUAAUUAUAAACCACGAGUUGAUUUUUAAAAUUAAAUUAGCAGAGCUAUGUUUUAGAAAACCAAUUAAGAUCUACUUCAAUUUUUUGAAAAAAUUUCAAGUGAGGUUUUGUGUGAUGAUUCCCCAGUUAAUCCUAGAAGUUCUUUAUUAUCUUUUUAAAGUUUUGCAUAAUAAUAGUAUAAAAAUAUGAAAAGAUCUUCAAAAUUUAACCCUUAAUAAUACUUUAUAACAGAAAUUAAGCAAGAUUAAAAAUCUGGAGGACUUCCUUCUGUUUCCCCAAGGUUAAGAUCAUUAACUACUUAAGUAAAAUUAAUAAAAUAAUUAGCUUAAUAAUGUUUAUAAAUGUCUACUUUAUGUAUUUAAUACUAAAAAAGUAAGAUUUGAAAUUAAUGGUAAAGUAGAAGCGUUAAUAAUUGAAACCAAUUAUGAGAUUGAUAACAUAAAAAAGACUGUCGAAAUGCUUAUCACAAUAGGAGGUGAUGAUUUACUUCUUGUGAUUGCUAGAGAUGUAGUGCAUAGAAAAAACAUUAAGGAACUAUUUGAAAUUAAUUAGUCUAAGUCUAAAAUAUUAUCCUUUGUAAGUCAUGAAUUUAGAUCUCCUUUGAAUGUUAUGAUAAAUGUACUUUAAAAUAUAAUGGAGGAUAAUAGUAUAAAUAAUUCAUUAUAGUAACCUCUUAAAAUAGUUUUGGAAAAUUCAUUUUAUAUGUUAAACUUAUCAAAUGAUUUACUUGAUUUAGCAUAAAUAAAAAAUGAUACCUUUAGUUUAAAUUUAAAAACUAUUGAUAUCAUAUAAUUAGGAGAAGAAUGCAUAAAAAUGUUUCAAUUAUAAGCAGAAUAAAAAAAUAUAAAGCUAUCUAUAAAAACAAAUAUUAAGCCAUUAUAUAUAUAUACAGAUAAAAAUAGAUUGAAAUAGAUAAUUAUAAAUCUUUUAGCAAAUGCAAUGAAGUUCACGUAAAAAGGAUGCAUUUCAAUUAAAAUUACAUAAAAAGGACUUUUAGUUGAAGUUGGAGUUGAAGAUACUGGAAUAGGAAUUUCAUAAUAAGAUCAAUCUAAAUUAUUUAAAGCAUUUGGUAAAAUUAAAGAGGGUGAACAUUAAAAAUUAAAUGAAUAAGGUGUUGGAUUAGGACUUGUAAUAAGUAAUAAAAUAGCAUAAUAAUUAUCAUCUGAUGGUUUAGGAUUAAAUGUUAUUUCAAAAGAUGCCACUUAAUUAGAUCAUGGUUCAUACUUUUAUUUAAUAUUAAAAAUAAAAUAAUUUCAUGCAAAAAUAAAUUUAUCUUAGCUAUAGAAAGUUUAAGUACAAGAAAAAGAAUCCCCUUAGUAAGACAAGAACAUUUAACUCUCAUAAUUUAGAAUGACCUUUAAUAAUGAUCAAAAUUCUUUCGCUGACGAAUAACAGAUGAUGGAUAAAAUUAAGUGCUAACAUAUUUUGAUUGUUGAUGAUAACAUAUUUAAUUAAAACAUUUUAGAAAUGUAAAUAAAAUAAUUGUAAAUUUAUUGAUAUCUAUAUUAGUACUAAAACCUAAAUUGAUAAAAAUAAUAGUGGAAUGGAAGCUAUUGAAUCUGUUAGAUCUAAAAAGUGUAAUUAGAAUUGUUAAGGAUAUAAAGCUAUAUUUAUGGAUAUGGAAAUGCCUGGUUUAGAUGGAGUAUAGACAUCUGCUUAAAUUUUAUAAAUAAAUCGAAAAAUCAAAAUAUUCAUAGUUUCUGGUUAUGAAAAAUCUCAAUUCAAUAAAGAAAGUUAAAAUAUUGGAAUUCAAGACUUUAUUUUAAAACCAAUCUCAAAAGAUGUCAUCUAGAAGAUUAUAUUAGAAAAUGAUUUAUGA